GUAUGCGCAACCUCCUUUUAACGCCUUGAGCUACUUAUAAGCUAUAUCGUAGGAUUGGGUGGUUCAGGCGUCUUUCGCUGGUUCUCCCACUGCCCCGCUUGUUAUCUUUAUGGUGGAAAUUGGUCUGAUUUACGGAGCUAUGAUGGUCGGUGGCUUGCUGGCCUUUAGGAGCGUGAUCAACCCCGAUGCAAAAAUAUGAUAUCUGUCUGACGGAACUCCUCACAGCUUUUCGGGUUGCGUUAACAUGCAAUUCAUCGUGUACUGCCGGGUCUAUUUUCGCGAGAGUUGGCAUACUAAGUCAUUGGUCAUUGUAAUAUGGCUGCUUGAUAUGUCCCAUUCCACACUCGUUGCAGUCGCCCUUUGGGAUUCCAUCAUUGCGACCUACGGAGAUCUCAGUAAAGUCGACACAAUUCCCUGGUGUAUUGGUCCUACGAUUGAGCUUACCGCUUUGAUCACCUUUCUCGUUCAAAGCUUCUUUGCGUACCGAAUCUAUAAAUUGCAAAAGAAGAAGCUCACCGUAGCGAUUCCAAUUGUUGCGCUCUCUUUUGCUCGUUUAAUCAUGGCUAGCAUCACAAAUAGCGAGAUGCUCAAAUUGAAAUCAUACGACACAUUCUUUCAACGAUUUUCUUGGGUCUUCUUUUUUGGCCUUUUACUUUCAGCACUCGUGGAUGUCAUGAUCACGACUUUCCUGUGCUACUUCCUUCGCAAAAAGCGACCAUCUUUUACAGACACUAUGCGUAUCAUCGACACCCUGACGUUCUGGACAAUUCAAAAUGGCUCAAUAACAUGUGCUGCGGCCAUCGCAACAUUGCUUUGCUGGAAGAUCAUGCCUUCGAACCGCGUAUUCCUAGGCCUUCACUUUGUUGUAGCAAAAUUAUAUGCAAACUCCUUUUUAGCUACUCUCAACGCCAGAAAACAAAUAUGGAACGGCAAACAAUACACUCCCACAGUCAAUCAACCUAUGCCGAUUGUCUUUCUGGAGGACUUUGAGCAUGGACCUGAUUCUUCGAUCACGCAACAGGGAUCGGUAAGUACCAUGGCCCAUCGCAUGCGAAUGAUGUGUUACAUCUUACACAACCACAGCUGCAAAUGAAUACUUCCCAACCGAAAGCAGUGUACCAACGGGGAGAAUUGGUACGUAACUUGGGCCACAUAUUCUGACUAUGACCUUUCUGACUGUCACAGAUCCAAGUAAAUAUUGAUGAGAUUGUGGAGUCG